CGUGUGUGUUCUUUAAGACGAAGUGAAUCGAUCAGCGCGGUUCCAACCACCGUCGGAGAAGGUGCACGAGAGACCUACAUGAAUGGUAGCUGCUUCCAAAUACAGACAACACUCUCCAGAGAACACUUCCACAUCAAGACAAACCACCAUCCCAAACCAUGGCUGAUACCUCACGAUCGCUCAUUUCCACUUUGCAGGCCAUCGCUCUCAUAGCCCCAUCUCUAUACACAGGACUAACAUUCACCUACACCCACGUCGUCAUCCCCCCACUCACGACCCACGCCCCGCCAAAACUCCUCGCAAAACAAUGGCUACAAGCCUACCAAUUCGCGCCCAUCAUCGUCGCGCCCCUGGUCCUACUCGGCGCAUCUAGUAACGCCUUACUCGCAUACCUCACCACCUCGUCGCGCUCAAGACCGCUGUAUAUCGUGGCUGCAGUGGCAAUCGCGAGUAUCAUCCCGUACACAGCGCUGUAUAUGGAGCCUGGCGUGAAUGGGGCGGGGAAGUGGAAGGCGAGGGAGUUGCUGCGUGAGGAGGGCUUUGUGUUGAAGGGGAGGGGACGGGGGACGGAUAGGGAUACGGCGAGUGAGGGGGCGAAGAGGUGGGCGGAGAGCGUGGAUAUGAAGACUAUUGCGGAGACGUGGGCGAGGACGAAUGCGUGGCGGUAUGUGGGGACGGGGGUUGCGACUGUUGUGAGUGCGGCUGCUACUAUUAUGGGGGAGUGAGGGGGUAGGACACUGAAGUGUGAAACCGCAGGAAUAGUGUAUCUGAGAUUGGGAGGGUAGAUCGUCUAAUACGUUGUGUGCUGUAAGUUGGAACUCUAUGGUUGGGUUGUGCGAGGGGAUACUCGCGUGUGUGUGUGUAAAGAGAGACUGACUAAUACGAAUCAAGAACCAAACAUUGUCAAGGUGAACAAUGAACUCC